AUGGACAAGCGUCAUCCUUCUAGCUUCCAGCAGCUGGAAAAGCUGGGUGAGGGCACAUAUGCGACGGUCUUCAAGGGCCGCAAUGGCCAGACGGGACAGUUUGUGGCUCUCAAGGAAAUUCACCUCGACAGCGAGGAGGGCACACCCAGUACCGCGAUCCGCGAAAUCUCCUUGAUGAAGGAGCUCAAGCACGAGAAUAUUGUCAGCCUGUAUGAUGUGAUUCACACGGAGAAUAAGCUCAUGCUCGUCUUCGAAUACAUGGACAAGGACCUGAAAAAGUACAUGGACAGCUAUCAGAAUCCCGCUGGCGGGCAGCGCGGCGCACUGGACCCGGCCACGAUCAAGAGCUUCAUGUGGCAGCUGAUCCGCGGCAUUGCCUUUUGCYAUGACAACCGCGUCCUCCAUCGCGACCUUAAACCGCAGAACCUUCUCAUCAACGCCCAGGGUCAGCUCAAACUUGGUGAUUUCGGUCUGGCGCGUGCGUUUGGCAUUCCUGUCAACACCUUCUCCAACGAGGUGGUGACCCUGUGGUACCGUGCGCCAGACRUCCUGCUUGGCAGUAGAACGUACAACACCAGCAUCGAUAUAUGGAGUGCGGGUUGCAUCAUGGCGGAGAUGUUCACAGGCCGACCGCUCUUCCCCGGGACGACCAACGAAGAUCAGCUGCUCAAGAUCUUCCGUCUGAUGGGCACACCUUCCGAGCGUAGCUGGCCUGGAAUUACCAACUUUCCCGAAUACAAGCGUGAGUGGCCGGUGUAUGCCACGCAGGAACUACGAGCCAUUCUACCGCAAGUGGAUGCGCUGGGCUUGCAAUUGCUGGGACAGCUACUACAGCUGCGACCGGAAAUGCGCUGCAGUGCAGCCCAGGCUCUUGCGCAUCCGUGGUUCGCGGAGCUAAAUGCGCGUUCGGCGUUGGCAGGGCAGGGUGGUUUCACGACACCUGUACCGAACAUGUCAUCAAACCAGCAGCGAGCUUACUAA